CGCUGCACGCACGGUGCGAUUCGGCUUUUUAAUAAGUCUCGGUCAUUUCCCUAAUUUUCGCAUUUGAAGGUUUUCGAGAGUUCGUAAGGCAGUAAUUCGGGAGUUUUACUUUUGACCUUGAAGUUUCCAGUUGUUUCAACUUUCAACUCCAAAUCAAAAGUACGAAAUGGCUAAAGCUCCAGCAAUUGGUAUUGAUUUGGGAACGACGUACAGCUGCGUUGGUGUCUUUCAGCAUGGAAAAGUGGAAAUUAUCGCUAACGAUCAAGGUAACAGGACAACACCCAGCUAUGUUGCCUUCACCGACACCGAACGGUUGAUUGGAGAUGCCGCUAAGAAUCAAGUGGCCAUGAACCCUAUUAACACCGUAUUCGACGCGAAACGUUUGAUUGGACGUCGUUUUGAUGACUCCAGUGUUCAGAGUGAUAUGAAGCACUGGCCUUUCAAAGUCAUCAACGAUGCCACCAAGCCGAAGAUUCAGGUGGAAUACAAGGGAGAAACCAAAACGUUCUUCCCGGAAGAGAUUUCAUCCAUGGUUCUUACCAAGAUGAAGGAGACUGCAGAAGCGUACUUGGGCAAGACCGUAACGAAUGCAGUCGUUACAGUGCCGGCCUAUUUUAACGACUCUCAGCGCCAGGCGACCAAAGAUGCCGGGGUGAUCGCGGGAUUAAAUGUUCUCCGUAUCAUCAACGAGCCUACAGCCGCAGCUAUCGCUUAUGGAUUAGAUCAGAAGGUUGGAGGAGAACGCAAUGUACUGAUUUUUGAUCUCGGUGGUGGUACUUUCGAUGUGUCCAUUCUGACUAUCGAAGAUGGUAUCUUCGAAGUAAAAUCGACAGCCGGCGACACCCAUUUGGGCGGUGAAGAUUUCGACAAUCGGAUGGUAAAUCACUUUGUCCAGGAAUUCAAACGCAAGCACAAGAAGGACAUAUCCGACAACGCCCGUGCUUUACGUCGUCUGCGAACUGCUUGUGAACGCGCGAAGCGCACGCUUUCGUCCAGCACUCAGGCCAGUGUGGAAAUCGAUUCGCUAUAUGACGGUAUCGACUUCUACACGAGCAUCACCCGUGCCCGCUUCGAAGAGUUGAAUGCUGAUUUAUUCCGAAGCACUCUGGACCCUGUGGAGAAGGCUCUGAAGGAUGCUAAGAUGGAUAAGAAUCAGAUCCACGAUAUCGUCUUGGUUGGUGGCUCUACUCGAAUUCCCAAAGUCCAGAAGCUUCUGCAGGACUGUUUCAACGGAAAAGACUUGAACAAAUCCAUCAAUCCCGAUGAGGCCGUUGCCUACGGUGCAGCUGUUCAGGCCGCCAUUCUUUCUGGCGACAAAUCUGAAGCCGUACAGGAUCUGCUGUUGCUGGAUGUGGCCCCUCUGUCUUUGGGCAUUGAAACUGCUGGCGGUGUGAUGACAUCGCUUAUUAAGCGCAAUACUACCAUUCCCACCAAGCAGACCCAGACAUUCACAACGUAUUCGGACAACCAGCCGGGUGUACUCAUUCAGGUCUACGAGGGCGAACGCGCUAUGACCAAGGAUAACAAUCUAUUGGGUAAAUUUGAACUGACCGGCAUCCCUCCAGCGCCGCGUGGUGUUCCUCAAAUCGAAGUCACUUUCGAUGUGGAUGCCAACGGUAUUCUGAACGUAUCCGCUGUGGACAAGAGUACUGGAAAAGAGAACAAGAUCACCAUUACCAACGACAAGGGUCGUCUCACCAAAGAACAGAUCGAGCGCAUGGUUAACGAGGCGGAGAAGUACCGCGAUGAGGAUGAGAAGCAGCGGGACCGUAUUUCUGCUCGCAACGCCCUGGAAAGCUACUGCUUCAGUAUAAAACAGACCUUGGAGGAUGAAAAGCUGAAGGAUAAGAUUGAUGCAGGCGAUCGCACUACGAUCAUGGGCAAAAUCGAAGAAGCGCAAAAGUGGAUGGACGCCAACACGCUGGCGGAAAAAGAAGAGUUCGAGCAUAAACAAAAAGAACUCGAGAAGGUGUUUAACCCCAUCAUUUCCAAAGUGUACCAAGCAGCGGGAGGUGCUGGUGGCGCUCCCCCCGGCGGCCCUGGUGGAUUCCCGGGCGGCGGUUUCCCUGGAGGUUUCCCCGGAGCUGGCGGCGCUGCUCCUGGUGGUGGUCAUGGAGGCAGUGGCGGUGGGCCAACCAUUGAAGAGGUUGAUUAAAUCGGGUUUUUUAUCUGUUUCUUUUUAAUUAAUCUUCAGUCGUCGUUCUUGUACACUGCGAAAUUCGUGUUUAAAGAGAGGCAGUACAUUUGUGAAAUACGGCAGUAGUUUGUGAAAUAUGUAGCUUUCCGUGUCAUACGUAUUUCAUGAAUGUACUAUGAUUAGUGAACUCCAUCAAUGCGUAAUUAUUUAUAAGUCAGUUUUCUCGGGAUUUUUCUGUUGUGGCAUGUUUGGAUCGGAUCCUUGACAAUAGAACCGCUGCGUUUGUCGUUGUUAAUUUAAGUUGCGCGCGUUUAUGAUAUGAGAAAUAAAGGAUGCCGGUUCGUG